CGGGUUUGUUGCGGCGCUGGGGUGGGUGUGUGAGGGGGAAGUUGGUGCAAAUGGUGCGUCUGUCGGGCAGCUUUAAAAUGUUGUGAGAGAGCGAGAGAGCGCGCGAGCGAGCGAGCAAGUCCUGGGCUUGGCGGCUUUAUCGUGUCUCGCCCGAGGUCGCUGUGUUUGCCCAUCAUUGCACCUUCCCAAGCUCCAGGAGGCCGUGAUUGUGCCUGGUUCAUGUAUGGAUUAUCUCUAGUCUCGCUUCCUGGAUUUCUGUCGGUCAUUCAAGGAAAUCAUGGAGUUUUGAUCUUGUGCCAUUAAGACAGAUCAUGAACACUGACCUUUGGAAAACUAUCUUGGUGGCCAAGAAGGAGAAGCAGAAAAAACUGUUUCUCAAUUACAAGAACCUAAGCAAAUUUCCUCGUGAAUUAUUGAAAGAUGGUGGCUCAGAAUACUUGGAACACCUUUAUAUGAAGAUGAAUUCAUUAACAACACUGCCAGAAAACCUUGGACAGAAGCUUCCAAAUCUCACUGAAUUAUACUUGCAUUCAAAUAACAUAGCAGUCCUUCCUGAAGCAAUUGGCACGUUGGUUAAACUUCAGUCAUUGGAUCUUAGUAAUAAUGCAUUGGCAAUUCUCUGCUCUGAGAUUGGUCAACUGAAAUCUUUACGACACCUGCGAUUAGCUAACAACCAGCUGAAAUUUCUUCCGUCAGAAAUUGGAGAUCUGGGAGAACUGCAGACACUUGAUGUCUCAACCAAUUACUUGACAGCAUUGCCAGAGAGCCUCCAUUUAUGCUUUUCCCUGCAGUAUCUGGCAGCUGACCGGAACCACCUUAAGGAUUUACCUAGACAGCUUUGCAUGCUUCAAAACUUGAAUGAACUCUCUGUUACUAGCAACAGUUUAAAAUGUUUACCACAAGACCUAGGGCGAUAUCCAGAACUGCAGUACGUAUAUGUAGAUAACAACCUUCAGUUAUAUGGACUACCAUCUUACCUGUAUAACAAAGUUAUUGGCCACAGUGGUUGUGGUUCCUCUGUGCAAAAUGAAGAAGUGAAGCUUUCAUUCACCCAUAGGCAGCUGACCAUUACUGUACCAGAUGAAAUCCAGACAAUAGGAAUGGAAAAUGACACAGUCCCACCACUUCAAGAAAUGGUUAUGAGGACUAUCUACAAUUUUUACUACACAUCUAAGAAAGGUCUGGAUCUCCCGUCCCCAAACUCAUUACCUAGGAAUCUGUGCAAGUUACUAUUCUGCCCUCUGGGACAUUGUCAUCACUGCAGCCAGCCAAUGUUUACCAUUGUCUAUCCGAAGUGUUUUCCUUUGACAGAGACCCCGAUGGCUGCCUUGUAUAAUGGGAGGACAAAAAUGAGCUUUGUAGCAUACUGCUGCUCCACGAAGUGUCUACAGGUCUUUGACUUGCUCAGCUGACAUCUUGUGACACGAAAUGAACUGCUGCCAGAACUUGGAGGAUACAUUGGAAGGUGGGAAGGCUCUGUUGAACCGCAAGGUUCUAUUGGAGGUUCCAGUGGUUGACUUUCAUUCCAGCACAAUAUUCAGUAAGACCUUUGAGUUGCAAGAUUGCAAGAAGCUGGCAGAAAACUUUGCACAGAUUAUGAUCCUUUUUGGCUUGUACUGAAAACUAUUAUGAUUCGCACACCUGUGGGGAAUUGUUAAUUCCUGGUGAAGAUCACUGUCAUUUUUGAAUGUCAAACAGUGACGCACUUUGGAUGCCUGUUACCUGGAAGAUGAUGUUUAUUGUAAGCUCAAGGGGAAAGCUGCAAACUAAUAAGAGAGAGCUCAUUUUGGCAUAAAUGCUUGAAAGUCAAAGCCAACUUUUAUAUGAGCUGGUUAAUUGCAGCAUUUAAAUGACAUUUGUUUUCAUAAUUGUAGUUUUCUUUUACAUGUCAAAACCUGGGCAUUAAUCACUUGGUAAUAAACCAGUUAUUAUGAAACAAUUAGUUACAAGCAGGUUGCCUGUUAACAAUUUCAUAAUUCAUGUUCAGAUAUAUAAAUUGGAAGACUGGUUUUAAAAAAGGCUAUUCAAUGAUGCUGAUUAAAUAACCAUUCCCAACAAGACCAUAUAGUUUAUCUUGUUUCUGUUACAAGUUUCAGCUAAGUCAUGGAAAAUAUACUGCAUGAAGUGAAAUUUUUUCUUUAAACAUUGCUAUUUGCAAUUGCAGCUUGGAGUUUGAAAGAAUGUAAUGUAUGCAGUAAUGUGUUCACGUGCAAUUACUGCUUGUAUAUUAGAAAGUCAUGUGGAACAGGAGAUAAGUGUGGUGUGUAAACAGAGUUUUGCUCCCCCAGUGGCUUUGUGGCUGAAUGUAGUACAUGGUGUAUUUAAAGCAUGAUCUGUUACAAAGUCAUAUGAGUUAUUGGUUCUUAGGCUUGUUGCCUAGUGUGUGAAAAGUAAAUUGAUUUUAUCCACAAUAGCAAAUGCUAUAGCAAGACCCUAUAAUAAAGAGAAAAUAGCCAUUGUUGCUAAUUGUUACCCUACUACGAUCGAAGAGUUAACAAGUGCUAAGCAAUUCCCAUCUCCCUUUGACGUUCAAUAGCAUUACUACUAGAAUCUAAGAAUAUAAGUAUUUCCAUUGAAAAUCUUAGAGAAGGGCCCGUUUUUCAGCAUGUGAAACAGAUCAGUUACUUGGCAUUUUUUAAAAAUCCUCUAAUCGUGUUCUUAUUCCAGUUACUUUACUAGCAGCAGUACACGUUUUGGCAGUGGUAAAAUGGGCUAUAAUCCAACAAAAGCACAGUUGAGUAGAACCUAAACCCCCCUCUUUCAUGAUUACAGUAACUACUUUCAUAUGUGUAAAAUUUUGCACAGCACAUAACCAGAAGCAUACCAACAAUACCUUUACUCAUUAUAGCAUUCAUCAACCUGGAUUGGUACUUUCCACCUAAUUUGCUGCUUGUGAUUUAGUACAAAUCCUGUGGAUUUCUCCAUCUAUGUAGCUCUUUCAUUAUCUAGGAGGAAUAAACAUAAUUCUUGAA